UCUUGCGCUAGCGAAAGCUCGUAUUUCAAAUAAUUCACAAACAGUAAGUAAACCAAGAACCAUCUCAAAGACGAUCCCACAGAAUGCUUCUAACAUCGUUGAAACUUCAUAUUUUACUUUCGUUUUAUAUUGUAACCAUAUUGAUUGAGGAAAAAUGUUUUUCAGCUGAAGUAAGACUUGUCGGAGGAAGUAACAACAACAAAGGACGAGUUGAAGUAUACGUAGAAGGGGAGUGGGGUACAAUAUGUGAUGAUUGGUGGGACAUAAAUGACGCUCGAGUUGUUUGCAGACAACUAGGCUUUUCAGAUGCCAUCGACGCUCCACAGUCAGCUCAUUUUGGAGAAGGAUCUGGAGAUAUCAUGUAUGAUGACGUUGCAUGUACAGGAAAUGAGAGCGAUAUUACCAGUUGCCCCAACAGGGGACUUCGAUCCCACGACUGUGGUCAUCAUGAGGAUGCAAGCGUAAUCUGUUCUAGUAAAGUAAGACUUGUCGGUGGAAGUAACAGCAAUGAAGGGCGAGUUGAAGUAUACGUAGAAGGGGAGUGGGGCACAAUAUGUGAUGAUUUGUUGGACAUAACUGACGCUCGAGUUGUUUGCAGACAACUAGGCUUUCCAGAUGCCAUCGACGCUCCACAGUCAGCUCAUUUUGGAGAAGGAUCUGGAGAUAUCAUGUAUGAUGACGUUGCAUGUACAGGAAAUGAGAGCGAUAUUACCAGUUGCCCCAACAGAGGACUUCGAUCACACGACUGUGGUCAUCAUGAGGAUGCAAGCGUAAUCUGUACUAGUAAAGUAAGACUUGUCGGAGGAAGCAACAACAAUAAAGGACGAGUUGAAGUAUACGUAGAAGGGGAGUGGGGUACAAUAUGUGAUGAUUGGUGGGACAUAAACGACGCUCGAGUUGUUUGCAGACAACUAGGCUUUUCAGAUGCCAUCGAUGCUCCACAGUCAGCUCAUUUUGGAGAAGGAUCUGGAGAUAUCAUGUAUGAUGACGUUGCAUGUACAGGAAAUGAGAGCGAUAUUACCAGUUGCCCCAACAGGGGACUUCGAUCACACGACUGUGGUCAUCAUGAGGAUGCAAGCGUAAUCUGUACUAGUAAAGUAAGACUUGUCGGUGGAAGUAACAGCAAUGAAGGGCGAGUUGAAGUAUACGUAGAAGGGGAGUGGGGCACAAUAUGUGAUGAUUUGUGGGACAUAACUGACGCUCGAGUUAUCUGCAGACAAGUAGGCUUUCCAGAUGCCAUCGACGCUCCACCGUCAGCUCAUUUUGGAGAAGGAUGUGGAGAUAUCAUGUAUGAUGACGUUGCAUGUACAGGAAAUGAGAGCGAUAUUACCCAUUGCCCCAACAGGGGACUUCGAUCACACGACUGUGGUCAUCACGAGGAUGCAAGCGUAAUCUGUACUAGUAGCUAUAUGACGACUACAGGUUAUAUGCCGUCCACAGGUGCUCAAACAUUCACCCCAACAGCAUGUGGCGUUUUGCAUACAAACAAUACAGAGUUGAAAGACUACGGAGGAGACUUUAAAAUUAAUACCAAAUUGAGGAAUAAGAAUCUACAAAAUAUCAGGAAAGAAUGUCCGGACUCGAUCGUGAAAGGUCAACAGAACUACCAGUUAUUUAUAGAUUGUCAAAAAUGCUGUCACUCAUCAAGCUUCCUGCAAAAACUCUGGAUAUGAAAUAAAUUAAAAUAUAGUGUGACUUCUGCAAAAUUCUCGCAAUUUAUGUUACCAAUGUGUAUUAAUUAUUGUAGGCUUUAUGUUUAUAAAUAUUGUAUUAUUAUUAUUACUAAUGUUUAUCUUAAUAACAGAGAAAAUAAUCCGUGUUGUAAACAAUAUAGACAUGUCAGAUAAUAAUAUAUAUAGAGGAUUAAAAUCAGGUCAAUUGAUUUAAUGAUUUUUGUCGAUUGUACAUGUAAUAUAUACAGUAUACACAUAUAGCCCAACUCGAUUUUAAUGCUAAAAAAUAAAUA